AUUUCUGCCUGAGGAGGAAUUUUCCAUUUAGAAACACUUGGUCUUUAUUCAAGAACUCCAAGGGUUGCUUCCAGGUCUUUCCUCUAGUCCAAACCCACUGAUCAUCUGCUUUAAAAAAACCCUAUUUUGUCUCCUGAGAAGCAGACCAUCCUGCCUAAUGAAAGCUCUACUAAGGAAGUUGCAAAACAACGUUGGCCUGGAGAUGAAUCGAAGAAACAAGGAGGAAAAGCUGAAGUCUGCCCAAGCCAGGUGUUUCUUGUUGGCAGCCUGCUCCCUAAUGACUCUGGCUCUCAUACAGCAGCUGCCUGCUAGUCUCCUUUGUAUGGCCUAUUGUUGUUGCACACCCCUCGUUAAUACACAUGCUGCCCAGGGCAGACCCUGAGAAUGACAUCAACUUGCUUAUCUUAGAAACCUACAAACCUGACGCAGGGUAUGGAGGUUGCCUUGCAUCUGCCUGGCCAACUAAUUGUGAGCUUUCUGGCCUCUGAUUGGCUGUUAUUCCACUCAGUAAUAGGUUAAGCAAAGACAUUGCCAUUCCAUCUGUUCAACCAUUCAUUGUUCUGCUUGCUUGCCUGAAGUCGGCAGCUGAAAUCGUGUUAAGGAGUUGCUUCUGGAACUGCAACAAGAAACCAAUGUCUGUGUGUUUUCCAGUUAACGUAAGUAUAUGGACUCUCUUUGCAGGGAUCGAGCAAUUUCACUGUUCUGACAUUUCAGUAUGUCGGUUUCAGUUUUGAGCAACAUAAACAGCAUACACACCAGCUGGAAUUUCCAAACUUUGGAAUCUCUUUUUAAAAUUCCAUUUGAAGAAUAAGUUAUGAAAAGCUGAUCAUUAAUUUGAUGUAGUCAAGUAAGGAACUUCUAAGAGCACCAAUAGUGCUGGAUUUUGGGAGGGUGAAAAUGGGAAAUGGAACACUUUAACAGAGCUAAAUUUUUCUGUACAUUUUUGGUGACUCUAGCUUUAAGUUCAAAGUUUUACCCCUUCUUGCAAAUAUACAAUGCUUGACUUACUUUUCCUUUGGGUGAAAAUAUAUAUUUUAUGCAUGUUUGCCCAGUUUACAAAAUUUCACCAAAAUUUAGUAGGUUUCCUAAAAUUAGGUAGAACAUCACUGUGGUACAGUGGCUGUGUUUGGGAUGGAUUUAGAGUAUGAUGUAACAUCAGUUCAUUUGAGCUACUCUCACAAGCUUGUAUGUUGUGGUCAAAGACUUUGUGCUUUGAGUGAUGUUCUUACACUUGCAGAAUUAACCAGCAUAUUCUGGUGAAGUUUUAAAUCUAUUCUGUUUUAUGCUUUGGGUUCAGAUAUUAGGCUAAAGAACAAACAGUGCAUGUUCCAUGAGACAGUGUUCCAAGGAUCCUCUAAAGAAAAAAAAAACAAAGACCUUCAUAUAUCAGUUGGGAGGGAAGGAGAGCACAUAAAAGGGUUAAAAAGAGGUUUGCAUUUCUACCACAUGCCCUAUUGUGUGAACAUAUGCAUAAGUCUAUUGAAAGUUUUCAGAAGAUGGGCAGGCCACCAGUUGCUGGUCUCCUGCAGUUCCAGUAGACAUCUGUUGCCCCAGAGCAUUAACCAAUCUGUUCAAUGGGACAUCCUUCCUUUGUUAGAUAGAGCGAUGCAGACAACAGCGCUCGCUGAAAUACAAUGGUAAUUAAAUAUACAGAAACUACAGCAGUAGGUAUUUAUUACAUAUUCAUUAUUUUAUUUGCAUUGUUGCAAUAUCUUUGCCAUUUGAGAACAAGUACACUGGUUUCUGUCUAAAUAGCCUAUACAGUUUUCAGGACAAAUGACUGUGGUGUUUUAACAAUUUGAGGUACGAAUAGUUACUGUUUGCUAUUUUAAAAAACUAAGAAUUUUUGUGCAUGAAAACAAAAUGAAUUAGUAAUCUGUUGUAAGAUUUACCUUACAAAACAUUGAGGUUCUUUUAAGGACAAAUGUAAUUGCUUUUACAAACAUUUUGCCACAAAAUACACCUUCCCACUUAAUUUCUUUUGUGUUUUUUUUCUUUUUUGUUCCAUGUACUAAGUUUGCAGUAAACUACAAAUAAAAAUUUCAGUUGUAAGUGGAACAUUGUCAUUAUAUGUACUAAAAGACUGGAUGAUCUAAUCGUUUCUGUCCCUUUUGAGAAAUAGAAGGGUUUUAUACAAAAUGAGUCAGUGAGAUGGUUCUUUUUGGUGUUUAAUGGAAAGUAGGUCUGUUACUGAAGUUGAAGAACUGUAGAUGGAAAAAGCAUGCAAUUCUAUAACGUAGUGGCAUUUUGUUCCUCCACAGUGCUAAGUAUAAAUCCUUGACUGAACAAGUAUGUCUCUUUGUUAUUUGAUUUACAUAAUUUUUAAAUUCUCUAUAAAAAAGGGAGCCAAUUUAAAAUAUUAGGCCACAUUUUCUUGUAUAGGUUUCUUUUUUUGCAUUUUUAAUAUAAUUUAAUCUAAGUCGUUUUGAUGUGAUGAUUAGAACUAUGUGCACAUUCAAAUAAGAUCCCAUCUUAUUAUUGCAGUGAUCAUCGUUCAUCUCUCUAGGUUAACCUGGAUGACUUCUUUAUUAUAUUUACAUUUUUAUACCUACCAAAGCUAUUACUUAACUGCAUUGCAAGUAUAACCAACAAGUAUAGUAAUCUUAUUCUUAACAGGUUUAUUUCUGCUGCUCAUUGUUCAUCCAGUUAUUAUACAUAAAUUGGCAGUCAAAGUUCACAAGGGAGACUUUCAUCUAGGUAACAUGUCUAGGAAAAUAUUUCAAAGCUGUUGCUUGUUUUGUUGUAAAUAAUGUGUGGGUCUUUUCAUGUUCAGUGUUCCUGCUUCUUCAGGUUUAUUUUCCUGUUUUUGUGGCUUUUUGUUAGCAACAGGUAUUUGAUGGGGGGUGGGGAGAGUGAAAAAGUAAUGUGGGCUAAUUUGUUCAGGUAGAAUGAGUCUCAUUUCAUUCUUUACUAUCUUGCUCCAAGUAAAAUAAUCAGUUCCUGGAGCACUGAGCUGUAAGAUCUGAUUUUCAAUCAGUGAAUGUCACACAGAACAUCGGGUUGAAAACUCGAGUCUUAACAUUCUCAGGUUAUACUACUGCAAAUUCUUCGCUGCUUAUCACAAAUGGUGUGGGCAGAGAUAGCAGACGUUGUAAAAUUUGUAGAUAUGCAGAAUUUGCAUGUGAGGCACAGGCCUGAUGGCAGGAAUCACAUACUGCUUAAGCAAAAAUUAAAAGUAAGAUGUCAAAAUAUUUCAAAUCCUUAUGCUCUAUGUCUGUAGUGAACGUAUUACUUCAGCAACUGGUUUACUAUGAUAGCUGGCUGCCAAAGCUUUGUAGUAGAUUGAAAGCUGCUACUGAUGCAACUUCUCCAAACAGUUUUUGGAGAAUGGCAGUGUUUCACAAAUGAGGCAGUUAUAUUUUUUUGCAAGGUAGAGAUUAAGGCAAGCAUGUGAAGCCCAUAAACACAGAGCUCAUUGGUUAUGGAUUUGUUUACACUAUUACAUGCAAUAUAUUUGAGUGUAUGAGCCCUCCAAACAAAGGUAUUUGAAUGUGCUUGAUAUGUCUAGUCCUCAGUACAUUUAUAGCUCUGCCACUCAUUUCUGUCAGAGGGGGAAAAUAUUAUGUUUGUUUUUAUAGUUACAAUUAAAGACUUCUUAAAAAUGUUAAAGAGAAAUAUUUAGGAUAUAACUUCAGAAAGAACCAUAUUAGUUUAGCUUGACUACUAUGAAACAUUUUUUUUAGUUUAUACAUAUCAAGAUGUGUUUCGCCUAUUCAAUUAAGGUCCAAAUGAAAAAUACCAAUUUUAGUUAAGUGUGCUAACUGGUACUUCACCGUGCAAAGAUUUGAGUAGUGACACAUCUACCUUAGUGUAUUCUGCUGCAGCAGUGUAUCAUCCAGCCCAACUUUUCAGUCCAGCUUAAAAAUGUUGCCGAUUUAAAUAUACUUCCUCCAGUCAGAGCAGAUUGUGGGGUUUAUGGAACAAUGAUGUCGGAGCUUCCAGAUUGGUUUGGCAGCUGCAUUGUUCUCAGAGGGUAAACCAGACGCACUUAAGUCCCAGUCUUUUUCAUGGGCUUUUGUUCAUACCAAAUUAUUCUUUCACUGUGCUAGCAUUCAUGAUGGCAUGUUAAAGGAGUGCAUCCUAGCAACUAAAGACUGGUUGCUAGGCAGCCUCACUUCCAAUAGGUUUUUCUUGUUUAAGGUACUUUUUGGUGGCAGUUCUAUGAAGGCCCACUGUGUGGGUUUUUAACUGUAUCCUUUUAUUGGGAUAUUGUUGUGAUUUGUUACUGGCACUAUGCUAUCAAGUAUAUCACAGUAGUUAAUAAAUCACCAUGUGUAAAGAUUCACUUCCUAAAUUCUCCUUGUAUUUAAUCUGCAGUAUUGCCUGAACUCAUAAACCUCCAUUUAAAGAGGACCUAGCAUUGACUACUGAUAUUCUAUGAGAGAGUAUCAAUCUCACUCGCUUUUAACUAAAUCAAGCCAAUGUAGAAAUCAAAGUAGAAUAUAUUCUUUCUAUUGGUCCAAACUGCAUUAAACUAGUCAGAAAAAAUUGCUGCUUGGUAUCAAACCAAAAAUGGCAAGUUAUUUGGUAGAACAAUUUAGUUAAUACAGCUAUUCACUGAAAAGCUCUGCUGCCGUGGAGAUGUCUUAGCACUUAAUGCAUUUAAAACCCAUUUUUAUCUAGUCAUGGAUGGCUUACUCACUUCAUUCCCAUUUGUCUUGAGAAAAGCCUGCAUGAAUUUCCAUACAUACAUUCAGUUCUUUUUUUUUUCCCUUAACAAAUGGAAUAUAUACUGUGCAAAUGAUGAUAUUCUUAACAAUUAUAUACCUUCUAAUUUAAUAGGAGAGUUUUGUUUCCUCUCAUGGAAAAGACUUUGUAUGUCAGGAAUACGGGACACUUUAUAUUCAGGAGUACAGGAAAAACAGCAAAGUGGAGUCGAGUACAUGCAGCAGCUUCAUGGGCUUGAAGGAUCACCUGGGGCAUGACCUAGGCCAUCUCUAUGUGGGGAACACUGACACACAAAUAAAUGCAAUUGUACCUUGGUCAAUGGUGGAGAAACCAACAAUGGAUAAAGUAAACUCCAGGAAGGAAGAUGCAGACAAGGAGGCAUCGGAAGAGACUGGAAGUUCCAGUUGUGAUUCAGAAGAGAGCACAAAUUCUGAUAAUGAAUCAGAAAGACUGAAUAAUACUGCAUCAGAAUCACGCUUGUUGCCGAAGACUCACCGACAGCUGUGCAGAUCUCCCUGCUUAGAGCCACAUAUAUUAAAGCGUAAUGAAAUCCUGCAAGACUUUAAGCUUGAGGAGGCACAUAUAGUAUCUAAGGAAGUAAAGAAGCCCCCUGAUGUGAUGAAAGAAUAUCAAACCAAACUGGAGUUUGCACUUAAAUUAGGUUACUCUGAAGAACAGGUUCAACUUGUUCUAAGUAAACUCGGUACUGAUGCUUUAAUCAAUGAUAUUUUGGGAGAACUUGUCAAACUUGGAAAUAAAACUGAAACUGAUCAGACCGUAAGUAAUGUUAACACUAGUGUAAUGCGUGAAGCAUCUUCCAUAGAGUCUCAGAGGUCUGAGUCCCCACUUCAGGAGGAUGUGACAGAGGAUGGUGACAACCUGAGGCCAAUAGUAAUUGAUGGCAGCAACGUGGCAAUGAGCCAUGGCAACAAGGAAGUAUUUUCUUGUCGAGGAAUAAAAUUAGCUGUAGACUGGUUUUUGGAAAGAGGUCACAAAGAUGUUACAGUGUUUGUACCAGCCUGGAGGAAAGAACAGUCAAGACCGGAUGCUCUUAUCACAGAUCAGGAAAUCUUGCGUAAGUUAGAAAAGGAGAAAAUCUUGGUGUUCACACCGUCCCGCCGUGUGCAGGGGAGAAGGGUGGUAUGCUAUGACGACCGGUUCAUAGUGAAGCUGGCUUUUGAAUCAGAUGGUAUCAUUGUUUCUAAUGAUAACUACAGGGACCUAGCUAAUGAAAAACCAGAAUGGAAGAAGUUCAUAGAUGAACGUUUGCUGAUGUAUUCAUUUGUCAAUGACAAAUUCAUGCCUCCUGAUGAUCCUCUUGGCCGUCAUGGCCCAAGUUUGGACAAUUUUCUUAGGAAGAAACCAAUUGUUCCAGAACACAAGAAGCAACCAUGUCCAUAUGGAAAGAAAUGUACCUAUGGGCAUAAAUGCAAAUACUAUCAUCCAGAAAGAGGAAAUCAGCCUCAGCGGUCUGUAGCUGAUGAACUUCGUGCCAUGUCCAGAAGCACAGCUGCUAAAACUGCAAGUGAAGGAGGAUUGGUGAAAAGCAACAGUGUUCCAUGUAGCACUAAGAAUGAUGGCACUUCUGAUCUCAAACGUACUGCUCCAAAGAGGCAAUCAGAUCCUAGUAUAAGGACUCAAGUCUAUCAAGACUUGGAGGAAAAGCUUCCCACCAAAAACAAAUUGGAAACCAGGUCUGUACCUUCAUUAGUUACUAUACCGAAUUCUUCUGCUGCAAAACCCCAAAGUACUGCACCUUUAGGCAAUGGCCUUUCAUCCGGAGUUCAUUUCCCAUCUCAGGAUCAAAGACCGCAGGGACAGUACGCUCCAAUGAUGAUGGCAACCAAAAAUCAUGGAACGCCUAUGCCUUAUGAUCAGUAUCCAAAAUGUGAGUCUCCUGUGGAUGUAGGCUAUUACUCUAUGCUGAAUGCAUAUUCAAAUUUAAGCAUAUCUGGUCCACGAAGUCCUGAAAGGCGUUUUUCCUUAGAUACAGAUUAUAGAAUUAGCUCUGUAGCCUCCGACUGUAGCAGUGAAGGGAGUAUGAGCUGCGGUAGUAGCGAUUCCUACGUGGGUUACAAUGAUCGGUCUUAUGUAAGUUCACCUGACCCACAACUGGAAGAAAACUUAAAGUGCCAACAUAUGCACCCACAUGGCCGCCUUAACUCACAGCCUUUUCUACAGAGCUACCAUGAUCCUUUAACACGAGUGCAGAGUUACAGUCAUGAAGAACCAAAGCAUCACCAAAAGCCUCCAAUUCCAUACAUGGCUGUACAUCUGCAGCACCCUGCAGUGGGUGCUCGUUCUAGUUGUCCUAAUGACUAUUCUGCUCCUCAGAGUUCACCACAUUCAAAGACCAUGCAUCUGGGGAGAGCCCUUGUGUCCACAAGAAUAGAAAGCAUCUCAGACUCACGCUUGUAUGAUAAUUCUCCACUAAGACAUAGGAAACCUUAUUCUGGCCAAGAUGGGCUUGGAAGUUGGGAUAGGCAGAGUUAUGGGAUUGAUGCAUAUGGCUAUCGCCAGACUUACUCCUUGCCUAGUAAUCCCACACAGCCAUGUUAUGAACAGUUUGCCUUCCAAAGCUUACCUGAGCAGCAAGAACAGACUUGGCGCAUACCUUACUGUGGAAUCCCUCAAGACCCUCCAAGGCAUCAAGACACCCGGGAGAAAGUUUAUAUAAAUCUGUGCAACAUCUUCCCCUCUGAUCUUGUGAGAAUUGUUAUGAAAAGGAACCCUCACAUGACAGAUGCUCAGCAACUUGCUGCAGCCAUUUUAGUGGAAAAAUCCCAGCUAGGUUAUUGAGAGAUGAUGCAUCUUUGUGGUGUCUGGUAGUUUUCAGUUCAGCUCUAAUGCUGAGGGAGGUUUGCUACAAUAGCAUUUGUGAUCUCCUUCUCAGCAAGGAGGUUAUAUAGUAAUCCAUUUAUGUGAAAUACUGUAUCAUGGAAUCUGUAUGUAUAGCCCCGUGCACUGGAAAUAACAGAUUUGUUUUACACUCUAACUUGAAAGUUUUUAAAUGGCUAUAUUCAUGGCUGAAAAUCUUUCCAGCUUAAAUUAAUAUAUAUAUAUUAUCUCUGGUCUCUGGUAAUAGUCUUUGGUGCAUCAGGGGUUUAUAUGCAGCACUUUCUAUUCUUAUUACAUGUUUGUUUUUGUUUUUGUUUGUUUUAACUUCCUGUAUGUUUGUUCUUCAGCUAUGAGGCAUUAAAGCAAGCUGCAGAAAGUCAGAAGGAUUUUAAUAGACAUGGGAAACAAUUUUCAAGCCAAGCUUAAUUUGAAGUUUUUAUCCCAAUUGAGAUUGUGGAUGGGGUGUUUGCUUGUUUUGUUUUUUGUUUUGGUGGGCUUCUUUAUGCUAUAAUCACCUAUUUAUAGAAAACAAAGAUUUACUACAGCACUGACUUUAUUUUUUAAUAAGUUAAGUUACCAGUUAAUGUUGAAAUGGGUAACAAUAUAUUAGUAAUUUAUAGGAUGGCACUUUUUUCAUUGCUUUUAAAAAAAAUAGUUAAAUGAUUUGUUGAUGCAGUUGAUUAAGUAAGAGCAAAUGCAAUCAGAGGAAAGCAACUCAUGUCCAUUGUUUUAUGGAUAAGGCAAAAGCCUGAUGGCCUAGUUGUCAAAGAGGCUGAGCAUAUGGAACUCCUUUAGACGCCAAAAGAAGCUGCAGAUGCUCAGAAUGUCCUAAAAUAGGCCACUAAUGUUUCUGUUCACAUGCAUUGUAAUCCAGGUCUUGUGUAUUUCUGCUCAGUAGAAAUGGAACUGAGACCUCAGGAUUCCAUUCAGUUGUUUUGUGUCCUUUCCCCCUUUGUAUUGGUGCACAAGUAUACUGGAUAAAACACGUUUUUUCAUAAAAUAUUGACCUGUUUUUAAAAUGAAUCUAAUUAUUCUCAAUGCAAGUUUUGUAUUUAAGAUACUGUUAGAUUUUCUCACUGUUUAUCAAGGCUGGCCCGAGAAAGUUUCGUGUGUUGAGGAUAUGCAACUUUAUUAACUGCACUAUGGUAAUGAUAUUGUAGCUGAAAAUAAUAACUUAAAAACUUUUUUGUAAAAUACUGUAUAUGUUCCUGAAAUUAGAUUUUGGCCUGUUGUAUUAUGUAGGCCCAGUCUUGCCACAAAUAGUGUAGUUUAGAAAUGGACAAAAUAGUCUGUUCUAGCACUAGUAAGGGAUAUUUCUGGUUUUAAGUCAUGGGUUUUACUAGCAUCUCUCACACUUUUUAUAUAUAUAAAAAAGGAGAUUUUGCAAAUGAUGACAGUUCUGUUUACAUUCUUGUAGUCAGUUUCCUAUCAUUUUAGGUUUCCCUCCAGCUUAAUGUUGUUCAAUGUUAAAAUUUUACUAGUUUACAAAUCACUGCUAAUAAUGAUGGUACAAUUGCUGCAAUUUAAAGUAAGGCCCUGAAGAACCAGAAAGUACCUUUUACUGUUGAUACAAAUUGUAUCUUUUUAACUGAGAACUAUUUUGAUUUGUAGAUCUAAUGAAAACACAAACGUGUAACUAUGAUUAGAUUUUUGGGCAACAUUUUAUCCCUUAUUUGACAUAAUAGAUUUCAUCUCUAUACUAGGAUUAGACAAAUAAAAAUACAGCUAUUUAUUUAGGUAAGCGUCUGUCUCAGUUUCAUAUAUUAUAUUUUAAAAAAACUAUUGGCAUUUUCUUCCUUCUAAACUAACUGUACCUAGUGUAAACAUACUAAAAAUAAAGGUAAAAUGCUGCCUGAAAUGAACGUCCGAGCACCUUUGAAUAGGAAAACAUUUCACUACUUGUGCAACACUGUGUGUUGCGAGAAGUAGGAUUUGGGUACACAGUAAAUGCUUCUAAAAAGCAUUGUGCUUAUAGACAUAGCCAAUAAUCUGAACCGUGUUCAGCAAACUUAAUUCAGGAAGUGUUCUUCUACACAGCUUUUACUGUUGGUUUGAUCUGGGAUCUUCAUUCAUCUGUCCUUUGUACCAAUUACAGGAGGUGUUGUACGUAAGCUGUCUUGGGUUGUCUGGUUAGAGAGAGAGAACCUGUUCACCUGUGACUACCAUUUUCCUUGAUUUUGUCAGCCAUUCUUCCUAGAAUGUGUUUUAAUGUACAGGACGAUACAUUGCUGACACUGAGUCUAAAAACAGUAAAUGAUCUUAGUUGUACUUUUUAAAUUGAAUUACACUUGCAUACUACACCAUAGUGUGGGUGCAGCCAUUUUAGUAUUGCAAUGAUUAUAGUAGUGUUUUGUUUUAAUGAGUUUCUACAUUUAUUUUUUAUGUCAGAAUUGACUUCUGCAAAAACUUGAGUACUUUUAAAUAUGAGCAGAUAUAGUGUGUGUGCAUGUGUGUGUGUGUACACAUAUCCUAUACACACACACAUAUAUAUGUAACAGAAACAUUUCAUCUUUUGAGCAUCAGAUUAUGUCCUAAUAUAUACAUGUAGCAGUUUGGCUUAUAGUGUUAAAUCAUUAGGCGUGGCUUCCUGUGAGAGGUAUCACAUGGGACUGCAUGCUGCAGUGCACAGAUAUGAGCUAUCAGCAUUGAAUGCUUUCUUGUAUAUUUAAUCAUUUAGAAUAAGUUAAUUGCUAGAAUUUUAACAAUGUGUCCAACUAUGUGCUUUGUACUACAGCACUAAAACGCUUUACAAAAUGGUAGAUGAGAAGUUACUUGGCAACUGUUUUAAUAUUGUGCAAUGAUAUUUUAGUUCAAUUCAAACUUGGUUAUGUUGUAUGAAGAAAAGGGUACUGCUGACAAAACAUUAGGUCUUUGGUAUUUCCUUCUUUGUUGCGAGCAACAGAGAAGGUAAGCAGUACCUUGUAAAUUCUUCCAAGGAGAAGAGAUCAGGCUAGAUAUGUAAUAGCUAAAAGAUGUCAUCAGUAUUAAGCAAGAAAUGGUAAUACUGGGGACUUGACAUUGUUUUAUGUAAGAUAAAUUAAUAUAACUGCAAAGUAAUGUGAUUUAUAUUUUAAAAAGUAAAAAGACCUGGGCUAAGGAUUUUCCCUUUGCUCUAAUCAAGUAUUAUGGCUUUCAGUCCUGGAUAAAGCAGCUCCAGAAAAUGGAGGCUUCCACCAUUACUGAAAAGAGGGUAACAUGUCUCCUUGCCUUCAGUAUUUGAAAUACAACACCCAAAGUGUUAUUGGGUAUACAAGUAAUAGUUUGUAAAUAUACAGUACUUUUACCUGUCUGUAUUUUCAUAGUAUUUCCAUUUGUGGCUGUUUUGUAUAACUAGCUUCACUGUCAUAUAAAGUUUUUAAUUAAGAUCAGGGGUAGGCAACCCCCAGCAUGGGUGCCAGAGUGUGGCAUGCAGAGGCAUUUUCCUUGGCAUGUGUGCCUCAGGGUGGACAGUGGGAAAGGGGCCGGGGCUGCACUGCCACAACAAAGAUCAGGUCUUUCAGGGCUCUCCCACCAUCCUCCCCUGCAAGCCAACAUCUUACAAGUUGAGAUUGCGGGUGUUUUUGGUAUUCUGCCCAAAAGCAUUGCUGACCCCUGCUCUAGAUACUCUUUUAAAUGAUCUUAACAUGGAAAGGCAUUUUUUUCCUGAUACAACAUCACUGAUUUGACUGGAAUUACACCAGGACUGAAUUUGGCCCAUAUUUUAUAACAAAGUUGUGAUGGUAUUAACCACUGCUUUGUCUUUAGAAAUUUCUUCCUUUUAUCCUUGAAUCCAGUUGUCAACUGCAGCUAAUAUUAUGAGGUAAGAUUUUUUCUUGUCAAGUAACCCUUUUUAUUCAGUAUGGCUGAAUAUAACAUUCCCCAACUAGCUAUUGGAAUAGCAAAACUAUAAACGCAAUAUUGAAGCAUGCAAGAGGUGGUCUAGAUCUAGAGAUGCCAUUGGGUGACACACUUAAAGCUGAAAGCUGAAAGGGUUGGCUGUUUAGGUUGGUGACAAAUGAAUUAAACUGAAAGGAGGAGAGGUGAGUUUGGCAGUAGAGGCAAAAGGAAAAUACCACUGGCAAAAACAAAUAUGUUGAUGAAACCAAAAGCACCUUGUGUUUGUCAAAACGAAAAGCCUGUGGCUUUGUGUCAGGAAAGUAGAUAACUUUGACUAGGAAGGUUAGAUAUGAAGUUUUUUUUUAAAGCCCCCAUGGUGACCACACUAAGAAGUUACCAGAACGUUCAUCCGUUAAGCAUUUGAACAAGGUAUUCUUGAUUUGUUAAGAUUGAAAUACUAGACACACUGCUAUCAUCAUAUCCCGAAUGUUGAGAAAAAUAUCCAGUUGACUUACCUUGCUACUGGACACUUAUAAUACUGUGCAAUUAAAAAUAUUUUUAAAUAAAAGUAGGUUAGGAAUUAUUUAUUUUUAUUUACAGUUACUCAUGUUAAUUUAUUCCUAUAAUUUAUACCUUUAUAUCUAAGUUUUAAUUAUUAUUGAAGAAAAACAUCAAAACAAAGCAAAUAACUGAUUAAAGCUAGAAUGUUGGUCUUGUUUUGUUGUUUAAGGGCUAGGGUUUCAUAACCAAGCCAGAUCUCAUAUUUUCUAUCCAUUAUAAACGUAUCAAGAAGUUUGGAAGUCACUGGAGAAUUUUAUUUGGACUGUAUAAAAAUCGAUAUACGUAUUGUUUAACUUGAACAUGUAGAUAGUCCAGAUUCAUUUUGAAUGACCAUUCUAACUGACGUAGAUAGCAAUGGUUAUACUCUAGAUUUCAUGCCCAGGAAUUCAGAGUAAAUUUAAUUUUGUAGUUUUCUUAAGACUUCAUUAGCGACUGAUGUGUCAGUCGUCUAAUCAUGCAUAUCAGGGCUGUCCAAGUUCUAAGCCCAUUCCGCACUAUACUGGCUGCCUCAGAGACACCAUGGAAAUUAUUUCCCUCCAAUGGUUGCAGUGUGUCCCCUUUCUCACCCUCAGUCCCAGGCUCACCCUCAGAUCCCUGUUCUGUGCAGCAAAGGCAGAGGAAGGAGGUGAGAGCCUGGAGACUUGCCCUCAGAGUGAUAAUGGAAGCAGCAGCUGAGUGAGAGCCCAGGGCUGUGCAUUAACUCCUCAUGGGCCACAUGCAACCUAUAGACUGCCAGUAGGACAGCCCAGAUGUAUAUCUCGACCUGGAUAGCUGAUUGAUGUAUAUCUCUGCACUCUGUGCACAUGAGAAUCAUACUACUGUAUGUAUGUUUUUGCAGUCUAUUAAAAUUAUUACAUUUUCUGUAUAAAAAUGGUAUAGUUGUAUAUAAAGGCUGCUAUCAAAUUAGAGUUAAUUCAAUCAGUAGCUAAUACUGCUGUAUAACUAGUUGGGCUGGCUGCAAAUUUAAGUUCUUAAAAAGUGGUCAUAAUUUUUAUAAUUGUAUGCUUCUGUGUCUAACUGAUAGCAUUGUAAGUUAAAGUGAUUGUAAUGGCCUCUCUAGAGUGUGAAAAGCUUGGACUUCCUUCUCAAGAGAUCUUUUAUUUCUCAUUCAGAAUGUGGUGGCAUCACGUGAAGUGCCAAUCCUAGAAAUACUUACACAUACUUCUAACUUGAAGCCCAGGAAUAAUCCCGAUGGCUUGACUUCAGUGGAAUUACAAAGAGGUACAAAAUUAGACACACGCAUACUUUUUUGCAGAAUCAGGGCUCAAGUUUGUUUCUGUUUUGAAAUGGAGAUGGGUGAAGUUUGCAGUAUGUAGGUUCAAAUCCUCUACUUCAGUAAAUAGGUAAAACUGCAUUAACAUUAACUGCAGCAGUGAAUUUUACCACUCUGUUCCUGAUCACUUGAACAUACACAAAUAUUUAUAUUGAACAACUUGUCCAAAUUCUUAUUCACACCUUUCAAAUGCAUAGCGAUCUUGGUUUCAUUUUGUCUCAGCUGAUAAAGUUAACAUGGCAUAGGGUUUGUUUGUUUUUUAAUUUUCUGGGCAGGAUCACAUUUUUAAACACAUUUGAACAACAAAAAAUAUAUAUACUUCACACAAAAAUGCAGGGAACUUAGCAGCAUAAAUCAUAUUUUGUGUUUCAUUCCCUCCCCAUAUAUUCUCUCUGGAACUUGUAUCAAUUAGUUGGGAUUUUAGUGUUUGUCCUGAAGAAAAAGAUAGGGUCAGCGAACUUUGGGACAACUUAAAGAACUAAUUGUUAAACUUCCUCUCAAUUCCGUCGCUGGCUGUUUUGUACUACUGUGAUGUGACUGUUCACAUCUGUUAACAAUAUUUUAGACCUCAUGAAAACCAUUGCAAAACAUGUACAUGAAUUCUGCUUUUAGAGAAAAAUAAAAAGAUACAUUUUUUAA